AUGCUAUUUGCAUCAAACUUGAAGGUGACGUCGUAUCUGAAGGUGUCAGUGCCACCGAAUCAAGGAUGCUUCACGUAUGCACGUGAUGAGCAUUUGUGUUUUUGCAACACAGAUCUGUGCAAUACACGACCAUUCAUCGCGUCGAUUUUCAACGGCUACCGAGAAGCCGUGCGAAGAGGGAACGAAGCCAAACGAACUGAAUUAAUCGGGUAA